AGAAACUGUUCAACUAGGCGACUGGUCCAACGAUUGAAAGAUCUCAUAACCGUUGGAACUAAUCAAUCGUCUGACUGAUCAUCCAGAUACAUAAAUUUUUAUGUUCAGAUAUAUGCUCGAUCUAUGUGCAACUAGAUUUUUUAUGGCUUUAUGUAGAUUCAUCAUCCUCUUUAAUUUCCCAGUCUCUCGUCCUCCAUUGCAGGUCCUCUCUAACCCUACUCUAUCUCAUCCCCAAAUUACCCUCUCAAAUCCAACAUAUUCACGACCCUACCACUCCUCCGUCUCAAUCAUCUUUGUAAUCGCUCAACUGCUUCGUAUUUCUCGUCAUCCUCAUACAUGGAAGCCCCUCCCGAAGGUUACAGAAGAAACGUCGGCAUUUGUAUCAUCAAUCCUUCCAAAAAGAUUUUUGCUACUUCGAGGCUCGAUAUACCUGACUCCUGGCAAAUGCCACAGGGUGGUAUUGAUGAAAAUGAAGAUCCAAGAGAUGCAGCUAUCAGGGAAUUAAGAGAAGAAACAGGAAUUACUUCAGCUGAAGUUCUUGCAGAGGUACCAUAUUGGUUGACAUAUGAUUUCCCACCAAAAGGCCGGGAAAAACUUAACCGACAAUGGGGCUCAGACUGGAAGGGUCAAGCACAAAAGUGGAUAAAAUGGUGGUGUUCGCGAGGUGCACUAGAGAAUUUCGUGCAUAAUAUAGGAGCUUUAUUUAUAAUUUUAUGGUUCCUAUUUAAAUUCACUGGAAAGGAUGACGAAAUCAACCUUUUGGGUGAUGGGACUGAGAAGGCGGAGUUUGGAGCGUGGUCGUGGAUGUCACCGGAACAAGUAGUUGACCAUGCAGUGGACUUCAAGAAGCCUGUUUACAGAGAAGUUUUGACAACUUUUUCCCCGCAUCUUCAAUAAAAUGAUUUGUUACGAUUGAGAUAACUUGAAAAAAGGCAUGGCAUGGGUAUACAGUUGGGCGAUUGGUGUACUCAAAGUCUUCACCCCAACCAAUUAAGCAAUUUUUUUUCUUUGUCUUUUUUCUGUCUUUUUUUUUAAAGAUGUUUCCGCAGUAAUGGUAGUUUUGAUGUGGUUCCGACAAAAAGAUUAUUUUUAUUUUUUUUUAUUUUAUUUUUUUUUCAAUGAGAUGGCAUGAAAUCAAGAUAUUGUAGCUUAUUGGGGAGUCUCAAUUCUGCUGAAAUGAAUGUUUUAAUCA